AUGCCCGAGGACCACUUCCGACCGGCGCUGAUCGUCGUCGACUUCCAGGAGGAUUUCUGUCCGCCGCAUGGCUCACUCGCCGUGGCUAACGGCCGCGACAUCCAUCCGGUCGUCAACUCGCUCCUGCGUCUGCCGUUCGUGACCAAGAUCGCCACCAAAGACUGGCACCCGAGUGACCACAUCUCGUUUGCCUCCAACCACGAGGGCAAGGAGCCCUUUGUCGACGCCAUCGACAUCGUCAAUCCGCGCAACAGCGCCGAGAGUUUCCGCACGCGGCUGUGGCCGGUGCACUGUGUGCAGGGAACGCCCGGCGCAGCCCUGGUGCCCGAGUUGGAUGUCUCAGCUAUCGACACCAUCCUCGAAAAGGGCCAGAACAAGGACGUCGAGAUGUACAGCGCCUUCUACGACCCCUUCCAGUCGCCGCGGGUGUCGGACAGCGGACUCGCAUCGGCGCUCAGGGCCAAGGGCAUCACGGACGUCUAUGUCGUCGGCUUGGCUGGCGACUACUGCGUCAACUGCACCGCAGUGGAUGCGAACAAGGAAGGCUUCCGGACCUUUGUCGUCGAGGAGGGCACCAAGCCGGUGGUUGCCGAGGAAUGGAUCAAGUGCAAGGACGCCUUGGAGGCCAGCGGGGUCAAGAUUGUCACCAUGGAGGGUCCGGAGGUCCGGAGGGUUGGAACGGCUGGACGGGGAUGA